UUGUUUUGUGAAACCAGAAUUUCCUCGGAUUAACUUAAAGAGAACUUAAUUGCACUUAAUUAAAGUAAUACUAUUAGAAAAAGUACUGUAAGGAUUCCCCUUUAUUCUACGAUAUUGAUUUGGGUAGGAAGACUGAAAAACUUGCGGCAAUCAUGGGCGCGUGGAGUAGAUUUAUGUCUAAAAAGUUUGUUGCUGCCACGGCCAUCGGCGUUAGUGGAGUCGCCGGUUACUGGUUCUCCACGAAUUCAGCGGAACGGCACACCGUAUUCAAUUCGUUUACCACCAAUUACGAGCCAUCCGCUUGUGCCCGCUGGGACUUUAACUGGGAUCACCGUGAACCAUCGAGCCUCGUGAAACCGCUGAAGGACAGUGAGAAUAAGGAGGCCGAGAAAGACCACAAAAAUGCGAUGGAAAAGAAGAAAGGUCGUGCGACCCGGCAUUUGAUUCUGGUGCGGCACGGCCAGUACAAUCUGGACGGUGAAACCGAUGCCGAAUGCAUACUGACCGAGCUCGGUCGUAGGCAAGCAUCGGCAACCGGAGAGAGGUUGAAGAAGCUCGAGUUGCCCUACGAUACCAUCGUACGCUCGACGAUGGCUCGUGCUCAAGAAACGGGCAAAAUCGUCGGCCUUUGGUUGCCGGAUGUUAAAGUGAAAGACUGCUGUUUGCUAGAAGAAGGUGCACCGAUACCACCGGAACCACCAGUUGGCCACUGGCGCCCUGAAGCAUCGCAGUUCUUUCAAGACGGUGCCCGCAUUGAGAGCGCAUUUCGGAAGUAUUUUUACCGGGCCGAUGCUUCACAGGAAAAGGACUCGUACACGGUCAUCGUGUGUCAUGCCAACGUGAUACGAUAUUUCGUGUGCCGCGCGCUACAGGUGCCCGCCGAGGCAUGGCUCCGUAUUUCGCUAGGCCAUGCGUCCAUUUCGUGGGUCUCGAUAUACCCUAGUGGUCGCGUGUCGCUCCGUACACUCGGUGACUGUGGGCAUAUGCCGAAGGAACUUCUCACGCGAUAAGAAGCUAAACUACCUCAGAAAGUGUGUUUAGGAAAUCUCACACCGGUUUCACUCUGAUUGAGCCAUCGUAUUACGCGCCAGAUGGCACAUGUAACAGCUGCAUACGGGAGAUAUGUAUUACCUCCCGUGUUCUCCUUAUUAGCCAAUAAGAUCAAAUGAAAGGUGAUGAUAAGAUAGUUUGGUGAAACCGUUGGUAAUCGCA